GGAGCGAGGAGCUGUCGCGCCCCUGAGACUCCGCUGCCGGCCCCGCCAUGGUCUCGGCUCCGCGCUGCCGGCCCGGCGCCCGGGGGCUCCUGACGCUGCUGCUGCUGCUGCCCCUGCCCGGGGCUCGCGGUCAGUGUGGGGCCCUGCCAAUGCUCAGUCGUGCCGUCCCCAGUGAUACUAGUCGCACAGAGGGCUUCCCUAUCAGCACAGAAGUGACAUACAGGUGCCUUGACGGCUUUGUUAAAAUCCCUGGAAAGUCAGACACUGUUGUUUGCCUUUCAAACUCUGAGUGGUCAAACAUUGGAGAGUUUUGUAAUGGUGGCUGUGGUGCCCCACCAAGGUUAAAAUCUGCUGCCUUAAGUAUGGAAGAUGCGACAAAGAAUUACUGUCCUCCUGGGACCACUGUGAGUUAUGUCUGUCGUACAGGAUAUGAGAGCACCGAACUGAGACAUGUCAUUACUUGUCUUGAGAGUUUAACAUGGUCAGAAGCCCCUGAGUUCUGUAGAGGGAAAUCGUGUGGUGUUCCAAAAGGACCAGAGCAUGGCAGAGCUGUUGAUAUAACAAAUGACCUGUAUGGUGCAAGAGUAAACAUCAUUUGUGAUGAAGGGUUCAGAUUACUUGGGCGGCCUUUCAUCCAAUGUGUGCUGAAGGGACAUCAAGUUGAAUGGAGUCAACUUCCAACUUGUCAAGCGAUUACUUGUUCUCCUCCUCCUAAUAUUGCCAAUGGGAUGCACAAUGGCGGCAACGUGGAAAUCUUUGAUUAUAACUCAUCGGUAACUUACAAAUGUGAUGAUAAUUUCUCACUUACUGGAGAGGCCUCCAUUCACUGUACACCUAAAGAUAACAUCAAUGGAGUCUGGAAUGGGUCUGCCCCUGAAUGCAAAGUCAUAAUUACCCAGGACAAACCACAACUUGCCUUGUUUCUGGCUUGUAUAAAAUAG